GCUGAACGUGGAAGCUUUGAGUGCCCUUUCUGCUAUAGAAUGGUAUCUGCUAGGACCCGUGCGGCAUAGAAACGACACGUGUUUGAAGACCUCCGGCCCUACACCUGUCUCUUCCCAGAGUGCGCCAUAUCCAGCGCCCCGAUUUUGACCGUUGCCAUACCUGGCAGGCACACGUUUAGGAACACCACUGGCAGUCCUGGUCUUGUCCCUUCGGACGCGACCAGGUCUUCCACUUGGCUGCCGAUCUCAAGCAUCACCUCAGCCAGCAGCACAUGCCAGGUGGCCCUGAGGAGCAACUCGACGCGAUUGCAUCCCUUGGCAAAAGACCCGCCGCCUAUGACACCGCCAACCCAUACCCCGUGUGUGGGCAUACCUUGGUAGGACUGAAGCCAUACAUCAGACAUGUGGGCUGCCAUCUCGAGCAGCUUGCACUCUUUGCUCUCCCAUUGCUUGAGGAUGAGAAUGGGUCUGAAGACGCUGAGGCGGACGGCCAGGAUGACCUUUUGUUUGAUGACGAUGAAAUUCACUCUGAAGAAGACAGCGGGAGAGGGCAGGAUUGCGACCAGGUCCGAGGCUGGCUCAGGCAACGCAUUGAGUGGACGGUCCAACUCCACCACGAGGUUGGACAGCCUCCAAAGACUCGGAUAAGAGUCGGACUGGGAGAUGGGAUCUGGCCUGGCGAUUCCCAGGAGCGGAAGUUCAGGGACCGAGCAUGCUGUGACUGGAACGACACACCGGCAAAGACAUGGCCCACCCGAAAACGGCGAGGUACCCUUUCCUGGCUUGUGGACUACACACAUGGAAGGGGGGGGGUCCAGCAGCCAACUGGAAGAGAAAGAUGUGCGUCAGGGGCCCCCGGGACCGGAAAGGUCAGAUUUAAGUUUGUUCCUCUCAUUGAGUCUAUAGACUCCAACAUAACGUUAGAACAUUUAGAGCGUGUGGGAGGGGAAAGGGAACGGCUAACUACCCUCCUACUGCCGGCGGAGCCACAAACACCCUGCGUGAAAUUGGUCAACCCGGCACGCUAUUCGAGUGGCAACCCAACGCUGCGCACUCAUCCAAGGCUCUCGACAGAUGGGGUAAAGCGGUGAAACAGUACGAAAAUUGCUGAACAGAUACGUACAGUCAAAGGGGCCAAAUUAUCCGGACACUGCAGUCGUUUUGGUACGCCUGGUCGUCAUACGCGCAACAGGGCCGAAUAUAUGACGCCCAGCACCUCUCAAAGAGUCAUGGAAGGCUGCGCAAGGCGUCAAGCUGGUCACCCUACCUCCACGCUCCCUAACUCGGCCA